GGUGGUGGUGGUGGUCUCGGCGUAAUAGGCGUAGGCGUAGCCGUAGUAGGCGACGUAGGGGAGGAAGAGUCGCUGGACGGGAGGCUACAGGACGAGGUCCUGCUAUUGGAUAAGAUCAAAGAGGAACAGGAAACUGGAAUCGUUUCGGAAAUGUUACAAACCGUUCCAAGGGUACCAGUUGCGGGUGUUAGAAGAAGAUGGGGUGGUGCUAAUGGUAGACAACAUUCGUCCUCGUCUACCGGUACCAGUGGUCACCAUCAUCAUCACCAUCAUCACCAUCACCAUCAUCAUCAUCAUCUUCAAGAAUCCUGUCCCGAGGUAUCCAGCAGCGGCGUACUUUCACCACCACCUACAAAUUUUCGUCCUGGUACACCAGAAAGUACAAACAACGUCGUUGUCUCAGCUACCACUGCUACUGCUACCGCAGCCGUUGUUGUUGGCGCUGGUCCUGUUCGAUCCACCAAUCACGAGGAUCUUCAACUUUGGGACCUCGAUCUUCAUCGUGGAUUACAACAGACUCAACAGCAACAAACCACGACGACUACUGCUACCGCUACGACUACGAUCGAUCAGUACAGUAGGACUAGCACGGUUGUUGCAGCACCUACCACUACCAGUACCGGUAGUAUACUCAUAGCUACCAACGAUCAUCCCGCGUCACCGUUUCAACCUACCCUGGAAGGCAGGGAUGAGCUCUCGCAGCCGGGUUCGCUUAACGGUUACGGAAGUGGUGGCGGUGGUGGAGGAGGAGGCGGCGGUGGAGGUGGUGGAGGUGGCGGAGGAGGUGGCGGAGGCGGUGGAGGUGGCGGAGGCGGAGGUGGAGGACCUGGUGGUGGCGGAGGUGGUAACGAUGGUUGCGACGCAAGAAAGAAGAAAGGUCCAACGCCGAGACAACAGGAAGAACUCUGUUUGGUCUGUGGUGAUCGGGCUUCUGGUUAUCAUUACAAUGCACUCACCUGUGAAGGUUGUAAAGGUUUCUUUCGGCGCAGUAUAACGAAAAAUGCGGUUUAUCAGUGCAAAUAUGGGAACAAUUGCGAGAUUGACAUGUAUAUGCGCCGUAAGUGUCAGGAAUGCAGGCUGAAGAAGUGUCUUACGGUUGGCAUGAGGCCGGAAUGCGUUGUACCCGAGUAUCAGUGUGCGGUCAAGCGGAAGGAAAAGAAGGCCCAGAAGGUAGGGGAAAAGGACAAGCCGAACAGCACGACGAUGAACGGCUCGCCAAGUAGCGUCGGUGGUAUGGGCAGCGAUCAAGUAGGCGUGAAGAUCGAACCGGCGGAGGCAGAAUCGUUGUCGAUGUCCGGUAGUAGCGGUAUCCUCACCCCGGUUAGCCCUUAUGGCUGCGUUAAGCCUAUCAGUCCCGAACAGGAGGAACUGAUACACAGGCUCGUUUAUUUCCAAAACGAGUACGAGCAACCGAGCGAGGAGGAUCUCAAAAGGAUCACGCAUCAACCGACGGAAGGUGAGAACCCCAGCGAUUAUAGGUUCAGGCACAUCACAGAGAUAACGAUAUUGACGGUGCAACUGAUCGUCGAGUUUUCGAAAAGGUUACCCGGUUUCGACAAGUUGAUGCGCGAGGAUCAGAUAGCAUUGUUGAAGGCGUGCUCCAGCGAGGUGAUGAUGCUGCGAAUGGCAAGAAAGUACGACGUACAAACGGACAGCAUAAUAUUCGCGAAUAAUCAACCGUAUACACGGGACAGUUACAACGUAGCCGGUAUGGGUGAGACCAUAGAGGAUCUUUUACGUUUUUGCCGGCAAAUGUACGCGAUGAAGGUCAACAAUGCUGAAUACGCGCUACUUACGGCCAUCGUAAUAUUUUCAGAGAGGCCAAACCUGAUGGAGAGCCGGAAGGUCGAAAAGAUUCAAGAGAUAUAUUUGGAGGCCCUUAAAGCGUACGUCGACAAUCGUCGUAGACCGAAGUCCGGUAUAAUAUUCGCCAAGUUGUUGUCAGUAUUGACGGAACUACGGACCCUCGGCAAUCAGAACAACGAGAUGUGCUACAGUCUAAAGUUCAAGAACAAAAAGCUGCCAGUUUUCCUCGCCGAGAUCUGGGACGUGGGGACCUAGUUUCCUCGUUGCCGAUCGCCGGUCUGCGCGCCGGUCGGCUGAAUGUGUCUGUUUUAUUCGAAAAUUGUGGCUCGCGCAUCGACGCGACGACACGACGAGCAAGAGCAAGAGCAAGAGCAAGAGUUAAGAGCAAGAGUUAAGAGCAAGAAGGACGAGCAACGGCACCGAGCAAGAGGAUUAGCAAAUGGGAGUGUGCGAGUGAGCGAGUUAGCAAACGAGUUAGCGAACGAAUGAUGCUACUUAGCUAGCGAAAGGAAUAAAAGAAGAAGGAGAAGAAGAAGGAGAGAGAAAGAGAGAGAGAGAGAGAGAAAAGAAAGAAAAAAAGAAAGAAAGAAAGGAGAUUGAAAAAUGCAAGAAGGACGAUAUGCUCGACUCCUGUACUAGUGUGCACCACUAUGCCACUGCCUCUCUCAGGCAUUUCGCGAUUCGACUUCUUCGUGGGCUUCUUUUGCCUGUUCAUUCGUUAUACAAAAUACCACACAACACAAAUAAUAACUUUUGCUUUCUUCGUCGACGACAGAGCGGGGAGGAUAAAUGGGAAUAGGAGGAGAAGGAGGAGGUGAGGGAGGGGACGAUGAUCGUUGUUGUGUUUGUCGAUCGACGGUCGACGUAGCCUUCUUCGUAUGGAAGAUAAAAGGUGGAAGAAUCGUCAUUGAAAAAAGAAGAUUAAAAAAGAAGAAAGAUAAGCAAGGGAAAUAAAAAAUUGAUUAUGAAGAUUGUGACGAGAAGGACGACGAGGACGACGACGACGACGAAGACGACAAAAAGUAAAGUAGAUCGGAUGAUGGUAUCUACUUGUUGAAGAAAGGAAGGAAGGAAAAGAGAUGGUGAAAAGUAAAAAAAUAAAGAAAGAAAGAAAGAGAUAAAGAGAUAAAGGGGAUUGAAACCACGAGGUGUCUUUGGUUUCGAAGAAGAACAACAAGGCAGUGGCGAGGCACCCAGGCUGUGAUACGUAGAGACAGUACAGAGACUAUAUAAGGAACUAACUACAGUUAUAUUAUUACUAUAUCUCCUACCUGACUACCCCUUGAAAUCGAUAUGUAAAUGUAAACGUGUUAUGUAUAAGGCAUGAUCCAUAGGGCGCGAUGUGUUGUUUAACCGAGAGUAUAAGGAUGAGAAGAGGUGUUGAUAAUGAUGGUAAUGGUGAUUAUGAUAAUGAUAAUGAUGAUGAUGAUGAUGAUGAUGAUAAUGAUGAUGAUGAUCAUGAUGAUGAUGAUGAUGGUGAUGAUGAUGAUGAUGAAUUAUAAUCGUAUGUUGAUCAGGGAGAGAAAGAGAGAGAGAGAGAGAGAGAGAGAGAGAAAGUGUGCGUGCUGAUUAAGAGAAAAACAAAACAAAAAUAAAAAAAAAAAUACACAAAACACAGUGUAUAUCUUUUACGCGUCUGUACUUCCGCGUGCGAGUUUGUUAUUCUCUAUUAUGCGCGUGUUUUUGUGUGUAUGCGAGAUUAUGCGUCCGUCUUCUUCUUUUCGUGCAGAUUGCAAGAAAUGAGAGAGAGAAAGAGAGGUAGAGAAAAUGACAGUGUGAGAGAGAGAGUGUGCGAGAGAGAGAGAGAGAGAGAGAGAGAGAGAGAGGGAGAGGGAGAAUGAAAGAAAGAAAAAGAAAAAAGUAAACGAAAGGGAAAGAAAAAUUUUUUGCCGUGCCGGAGACGAUUAAAUAAAAUGAAUGCUUUUUGAGAAGGGAAACAAAAACGAAAAAGGAAAAAAAGAAAUAUAUAUAUAUACAUACAAACAAAAACAGAAAAAAAAGGGGUAGAAAACUCAGUGUUGUUGUUGUACGGCGUUUCGGGCCGCUGUUGAGCAGCGCCGUGUUGAGGGUUGAGAAAAGGGGGUGGGGAUUGGGGGGAGUGGGCGAGCGAGCGGAAUGAUGUGCCGUGCAUGUGAAUCGAGCGCGAAGAUAAAAAUACGAUAUACAUAAUAAUACCAUAGAGUCUAUUAUAUCACACACAUAGCAUAAUAUAUUGCUAGCAUCUACGCUGUUUGUACGAAGGGACAACAAGAGUUGAUAAGGAAAAAGGAGGAGGAGGAGGAGGUGGUGGACGACAAAAAAAAAAAAAAUUACAAAAAAUAUUUGGAAAAGAUGGUGCGCGAGAGAGAGAGAGAGAGAGAGAGAGAGAGAGAGAGAGAGAGAGAGAAUGAUGACGAAUGUACGAAAUAUUUAGAGAAAGUGAUCGAGAGAGAGAGAGAGAGAAGAUGAUGAAUGUACGAAAUAUUUAGAGAAAGUGAUCGAAAGAGAGAGAAGGGGGAAUGAAUAUUGAAUGAAAGAAUGAGAGAGAGAGAGGGUAAGAAUGAGAACAUUAGAUGGGAUUUGAUCGAGGAGAAUGUUGAGGCCAUAGACGGAAUAUUAUACGAAAAGGGGUAAGAGAGGUUGAGGAUUGAUGAGAAAGGGGGAUGAUGUGAGAUUGAUAUAGAAGGAGAGGAGUGGCAAAAUAAAGGAGGGAUGUGAAGAAGAUGGAAGAUGGUCGACGAAUAAUGUAGUAGACAAUGUAGGAAGUAAGUAUGUAAGCGAGGCUAGUUGGUAGUAGGUUGUAGUAAAUCAGUCAAGCUAGGAUAGGUGACCGAGUCAAGUGCAAAGCCUUGUGCCUUCAGCAGCGCGGACAUCGGCUCACCGACAAACGAGAACGUGAAAUUUAACCGUCCGUUUUAAUUUUUUAAUAAAAUCAACAAAAAAAAAAACGUCGUAAAAUAUUGUAAAUCCGAGUACGGAAGGAGUUCGUUAAUGUAACGUUAUUACUAGGCGAUGAGAGAGAGAGAGAGAGAGAGAGAGAGAGAAAGAGAGAGAGUGAGUGAAAGAGAGAAAGAGAAAAAUUGGAAGAAUGAAAGAGAGAGAGAGAGAGAGAGAAAGAGGGGCGGAAUAAAAAAAAGGGCGUGUGAAAAAUAAUGGACGAGAAUUAUUAAAUAAGAAUGAAAGUUAUAAGAUUGUGUAGAUAGGAAGGGUUGAAUCAGUGGGAGAACAAAAGCAAAAAAAAAAGUAUAAAGGAAUUAUUGAUAUUAGUCUGAAUGGAUUGUUUUUCUUUUCUUUUUUUUUUCUCUAUCUUUUUUUUCUCUUCGAUUUCUUUCUUUCGUUCUUUUUUUUUUUUUUUUUUUUUUAAAUUCUUUUCUACAAUUUUUUUUCUAUGUCUAUUCUUUGUCUUUUUUUUCCCCUUCAAAGCUACAAGCAAGUGUUGAAAACAAAAUAGGAAACAUAACAAGAGGCUAAGGGUUAGGGAAACUCGAUGACGCGCGCAGGUUCCUCCAGACGUCUCUUUAAAGCUAUAAUAUGCUGCGAACACGAUUUGAUAGAGAAAGAGAGAGAGAGAGAGAGAGAGAGAAAGGCGCCAGUAUUAUUAUUACAAACAUACUCGAUCGUUGAAAUAAAUGGAAGAAUGAGAGAGAGAAGCUACAAGAAAAUAAAUUGCAUACAUAUACUGGAUGGAAGAAAGAGGACAAAGAAAGAAAGAAAGAAAGAAAGAAAGGAAAAAAGAAAGCUAAAGUAAUAAUGUACGAAGGUUGACCUGACCUGAUUGUCGGUAAAGGAGCCAUUUUGUUUUAAUGUCACAAGCACGCGACCGUCUUAUUAAUAAAAUGGCAUACGUUCUUCAUUAAAUCCGCGAUCGAAAGCAAAAUUUAAAAGGAGAAAGAGAAGAAGAUGAAAAAAAAAUUAAUAAUAAAUAAAUAAAUAAAUAAAUAAAUAAAUAAAUAAAUAAAUAAAUGAAUGAAUAAAUAACUAAAAAUACUUAAAUGCGAAAAAGAAAAAAAAAAGAAGAAGGACAAGAGCUUGGUAUAGGAUUUAAAAAAAAAAAAAAAAGAAUUAUGAAGGACGGUUCUCUCGAGUCCACGCACAAGUUGACAUUUGUCUCACGAAAGUCCGAUUUUAUGGAAUAAUUGUAAACACAGAUUAAUACAAAAGAAAGAGAUAAAGAGAGAGGAAAAAGGAAAGAGGGAAAGUGAGAAAGAAAAACAAAAAAAAAAGGACGAAGAAGUGAAAUCCAAAAGUGAAGAAGAAAAGAAAAAAGAUAUAGCACACACACGUACACACAUAUAUACACAUACACCCACUCGAGAGAGAAACGGAGAGAAAAGAGACAGAGAGAGAGAAAUAGAGCGAAAGAAAAAAAAAAGAAAGAAAUUUACACACACGCGUUGUCAUAAAGAUACAAAGUACACUAAGAAUUCUCGAUGUUGUAACACUGUAAUUCUAUGCUAUUAUAACUGAUUGUACGCAGUUGUUAUUCCGUAGUAAGUACCACGCAAGUUUUAACGAAAAGAUUAAAAAAAAAAAAAGCAAAUAAAAAAAGAAAUAAUAAUAAUAAUACUAAUACGAACACUACGUUAUAAAUUUCUGUGACGUGUAAUAACGAGCGCGAGAGAGAAAGAGAGAGAGAGAGAGACAACACGGGCGUUUUGAUGUGUGAAAUUUAUUUGAGAACUACAAAAAACAAAGGAGAGAAAGAGUGAGAGAGAGAGAGAGAAGAAAGAAUGGAAGAAAGCAAGAAUGAAAGUGGCGUGACUGAUAAAGUAAAUAUGUGUAAGAAAGAUGGAACGUGUAUAGUGACUGCCGCGUGUAAGUACUUUUGUCAAAAUUUAUUUUUUUCAAAGAGAAAAAAAGUGGAGAAAAAAAGAAAAGGGAGACCGAGCAAAAUACUAAGAGCAUGCAUAAUAAUAAUAAAUAAUAAUAAUAACGAUAAAUACUACUACUACUACUAAUAAUAAUAAUAAUAAUAAUAAUAAUAAUAAUAAUAAUAUUAAUAAUAAUAAUACAUAAUAAUAAUGAUACAUAAUAAUACAUAAUAAUAAUAAUGAUACAUAAUAAUAAUAGAUAAUAAUAAUAAUAAUAAUAAAAAUAAUAAAAAAUAAUAAUAAUAAUAAUAAUAAUAAUAAUAAUAAUGUAACGCAAUCGAACAGAAGAUAUAAAAGUCCCAGGUUUCCAUACAUAGAACGGUGAAAAAAAUUCAAACGGAUCAUUUUUUGACGAGGGCAACCAAUCAACAGUCCUCUAUAAAACAGAUAAAAACCAAAAAGCGAAGGGAAGGAGAACGAAAAAAAAUACGAAUAGAAAAGAAAAACACAAUGUGUGAAUGAGAGUGUCUAAGAUAAAACACAAGAAAUUGAAAAACGCGCAUCAUCGUCGUACACACACGCACGUGUCUAUCGUGUUUAACUAUUAUUCAAGAUUAUUAUACCUCUGUCGAAGUAAAUUAAAAGUUAAAAAGUAAAAAAGAAAAAAAAUGAAAAAAAAAUGGAAAAAAGAAAAGAGCGAAAGGAAAAAAAGAAGGAAAGAAAAAAUGAACGAGAAGGGUGAUGAAAUAACGCACGCGUUGAAAGGACGAGAGUCUAAAAAAAUGGAGCAAAAAAAAUCACAUAAAUAAAUAAAUAAAUAAUUGAAUGAUUGAUUGAUUGAUUGAAUGAGUGAAUACAAAGAAAUAAAUAAAUAAUAAACGGAAAAAUUAUAAUAGAAAAAUAGAAGCGACAAAUCGAAAAUUAGAAGUUACAACAUGGGGUUGAAAGAAAAAGAAAAAAAAAGAAAAGAAAAAUUGAAAGAAAGCGUAGCAACGUUACAAACAUAAUAAAAAAAUUCUCUUACGAACGUAGAACAACAACAACAUCAACAACAACAAGUAAUUGUAAUUAAAAAGGAAAAAAGAAAAGGAAAAUUUGUUCGUUAUUGGCACAAAUAUCGAUUGAUUGAUCGAUCAAUCGAUCCCUCUCCUACACGAUAUAUACAUCAUCGACGACCGGAUCUAUGAAAGAGCGUUCGUUCUUUCCUCUCGAAGCAGAGGAAGAAGAAAAAGAGGAAGAAAAAGAAAACCCUUCGCGCUAUGUUCGAUAAACAACAAACGUAACCUCUCUUUCCGUGCUAGAAAUGUGCACGGAUGAUUUAUCUUUAAUUAGAAAAGAUUUCUGGAUGAUAGAUAAGGCGUGACACGCACGAUUUCGGAUCGACGUCUCUCUUCUAUAUAUAUAUAUAUAUACAUAUGUAUGUAUAAAAAAAAAUAAUAAUAAAAUAAUAAAAUAUAUACAUGAAAUAUAUAUAUAUAUAUAUAUAUAUAUAUAUAUAUAUGUAUAUAUUUAUAAUUACAAAUAAAAAAAGAAAUAUCUGAUAAAGAGGGUGACACGGGAUUGAUCGACAAAGGGAAAGAAAGAGAGAAAAAAAAGAGAGAGAGCGAAAGAAAAAAAGAUAAAAAGUAAAUAAAUGAAAAAAAAAACAAAGAAAAAAUAAAAUAAAAUAAAAUAAAAUAAAAUAAAAUAAAAUGAAACCGCCAAGCGAUAGGCGGACACUGCCACACCGCGAGGAGUGUAUUAAACGCGAAAAACACCAUAGGAGGGAAUAAUGUUUUAAGUGUAUGAGACACUCGAAGAAAGAUUGGGAACCCGGUUUAAUCAGAAUUCUUGUGAAAAGAUAGAAAAGGAGAUAGUACGAGAAAAGAACAUGCGUAUGAAAGAGAGAGAGAGAGAGAGAGAGAUAAAGAAAGAAAGAAACUAUCAUCGCCAUUGUCAUUUCCGAUCGCUUGCAAUUUUGUCGCUUCAAUCUCGUCGAUAAAAAAAGUGAGUGAGAGAGAGAGAGAGA